AUGGAUUAAAAGAGUUCCAAAAAAGAAUCAUCGCCAAUAAAAUCUUCAAUAUAUAAUAUAGAUAAGCUUAUCUAUUCAAUUAAGGAUUCUUGGAAGAAUUAAUAAGAUGAAUAUCAGAAACUUUUUGAUUAGUUUUUAUAAUAUUGCAAAUCCUAAUACCCUGUUUUUAAUAUAAAAUUUACAUGUUCCAUAAGUGGAGAAUGGUUAGAGUAACCUGUAUAAAAAUUAAUUAUUAAAGGUGUCAUUUAUGUAAUGCAUAAUUGAAAAAAAACAUCUAAAUGAUUGUUUUGAUCUUAAAUAAAUAUUGAAAUAUUUGAUAUAGAACAAUAGUAAUUUUAUGUAAGAUGGAUAUAUAUAAUGUCCUUUAUGCAGAUCAAAGAGUCAUUUUGAAAAAGACUUACCAUUAAUUCCAAAUUUUUUUUUCCAAUAAUUAAGAUAAUAAGUAUAAAUAAAUUAUUAAAGUUCCAGUUGAAUGAUAAAUCAAAGCCAAUAACAUAUUAUUUAUCUACUCAAACUUUGAUUCCAUUAUAUCCUGGUUUUUUAGGCAAGGAGUAAUUUUAAUUCAAUAAUCAAAUUUAAUCAGUAUUUGCUCAACAAUGUGAUACCUAAUAAAAUUUCUCAUCUAUUAAAAAGAUGACAAAAGGAAAUGAAUCCUUUAAAUAUUCUCAUUUAUGUUUAUUAGGGAAUAUUAGAAUACAAAUUCCUGUUAGGGGAAAACAUUGUCGUCAUUUAGAAUGUUAUGAUUUGCUCUAUUUAAACUGGUACAUGUUAUAUCGAGAUUGUAAAAACUAAAUUUAUUUUAGAAAAGCAGUUUAAGUGUUUAUUUUUUGGUUGUUAAGAAGUUAUUAAUUUAAACGAAUUAUAGCUCGAUUAAGAAUUAUAUGAAAUAGGAUUAAAAGGUUUUAAUUUUUCAUCUGACUUUAUUUUUAAUUAAUAGUCUUCAACUUUAUUAGAUACAUACUCGAUUACAAAUUAUGAUCCACAUAUUGCUACUUAUAAAAAGUUAGUUCCUACUACAACAGAAUCUUUAAAUUAUAUUAAAUAAAUCUAUGAUUUAACGGAUAGAAUUUAUUCUUCUACAAAAAAUUAAGAAUUAACAGAUAAAUUUUAUGAGCAUCCCUUAAAUGGAGAUUUCAAUAUUUCAAAAGAUUAAAGUACAAAUUGUAAAGUUGAAAUACCUUGUAGAUGUAUUAGAUGUGAUAAAGUAAAUGUUUGUGAUCUGAGAUUUAUGAGUUGUAUUAUAAAUUAAGUGCAAUAUCCUGAGAACAGGAAUGGAGUUAAAGCUUAUUCAGUUUCUUGCCCUUUAUGUCAUAAUCCUUUCUCACCUAAAAAAAGACAUAGAGAUCAAAGUGUUCAUGAAUAAGUUUAUGUGGAUACAAAAAUGCUCAAUUUCAUAACAACAAUUAAGAAUUUUAGUUUGUUAAAUAAGGAAAAAUAUCAAUUAUUUUUAUAAAAAAAACUUUAUCUAUCUUUGAGGUUUGAAGAAUUAGAAUCUCCAAUAUAAGAGUUAGAUUAAUUUAAUUUAAAAUUAAGAGUAAUUAUUAUUCAAUAAAUUUAAUUUAGUGUUUGAUAACAAAUAAUAAAUUAAGAAAUCCAAUUAGAGGUAUUUAUUGUCAACAUCCUGAAGCAUUUGAUGAAAAUAGUCUUACAAAUUUAUGUGCUACAGGUUAGAUAGAUUUCAAUUUGGCAUAAUGUCCAUAAUGUUAAUCAAGUAUUCAUAAGUUGACUCAUGAUAAUAUCUUAAAAGAAUUGUUAAGUUAACUAGAAGGAGAUUUUGAUGAAGUUUAAGUCUUUCCAAAAAUAAAAUAAAUCAAAUAAUUAAAAUGA